AUGCCGCCGAAAGGGAAAGAUAAAGGGAAAGCGAAACCACCUGCAGGAAAGAAGGGUGUGGACCUUCAAGCCGUUGCUGGGAAGCCUCCGAAGCCGAAGAAGAUUCCACCGCCUCCAGCAUGCUUCAAUACCGAAGAUUUGAUGAAAUUCAGAGAGAUGUUCAAACUUUAUGACGAAGACAAUAUUGAUAAGGUUAAACUGAACGCCAUUCCCGUAAUGCUUCGCGCUCUUGGCUUCAAUCCGAAAGGCCAGGAAAUCCAAGAGUUGUUCAAAAAGUUUCUCGAAGAUGAGUUUGUGGAUACUGUGGAUUACCACGAAUGGCUGUUUAUGAUUGAGGCUAAGCUGAAUUGGGGUGACGACUUCGAAGCUGUAGUCACUAAGGCCAUGGGGUUCCUGGGACAUGAUGAUGAGGAGGAGCCAAAAGGUAUUAUAAAGCUGGAUAUUCUCCGCGAGGAACUGAUGAAUUGGGGCGAAACGCUUAAUGAUUUGGAAUUCGUCGACUGGCCUAAAAUAGCUACGAAGGAUAAAACAUAUGUGUAUGAAACCGGGGACUUCAACUAUGUCAAGUUUAUUGAGAACAUGAACGCUAAGGACACAAGAUUCAUUGCCGAGCCGAUAAAUUACUUCAAACUUGACCAGAGGACGCUCGCUGCUAUGGCAAUGCAGAAGGCUCUUGACGAGAAGGCAGAGAUAGCGCGACGAGAAGCUGACCGCCUGCUGAGGGAGGAAGCUAAACGCCAGAAGAUGAUUGCCGAUGGACUGAUCGUACCUGAUGAACUGAAACCACACGCAGCGAAAACCGAUGAGCCGGUUGUCGAAGCACAUGUAGAGAAAGAAGAAGACGAUACGCCUGAGUUCUAA